AUAUAAAUUUACAUAAUCCAUUUGCCGCCCCUACCUUUGAUAUAACAGCUUCUUCCAUUUUUUUUCCUUGUAUCACCGGAGCUGAUAAUGAUUCGUCACAUUGCCGGUACUCUGUUCAUAAUUGGACUCGCACUUAACGUCGCCGUUUCAGAGAGCCGUAAUGUUUUGAAACUUCCGUCAGAAGUUUCUAGAUUCUUCGGUGCCGAUAAGAGUAAUGUCGGCGAUGAUCAUGAUGACGACUCCGUCGGUACCAGAUGGGCUAUCCUGCUAGCCGGAUCUAACGGUUAUUGGAAUUACCGUCACCAGGCUGAUAUAUGCCACGCAUAUCAACUGUUGAAGAAGGGUGGUCUCAAAGAUGAGAACAUUGUUGUGUUUAUGUACGAUGACAUUGCUAACAAUGAAGAGAAUCCAAGACCAGGAGUUAUCAUUAAUAGCCCUCAUGGUGAGGAUGUUUACAAAGGAGUUCCUAAGGAUUACACUGGGGAUGAUGUUACUGUUAACAACUUUUUUGCUGCUCUCCUUGGGAACAAAACUGCUCUUAGUGGAGGCAGCGGAAAGGUGGUGAAUAGUGGUCCGAAUGAUCAUAUCCUCAUCUUCUAUAGUGAUCAUGGCGGCCCUGGAGUGCUUGGGAUGCCUACCGAUCCUUACCUCUAUGCAAACGAUCUGAUUGACGUGUUGAAGAAGAAGCAUGCUUCCGGAACAUAUAAAAGCUUGGUAUUUUACCUUGAAGCUUGUGAGUCUGGUAGUAUAUUUGAGGGUCUUCUUCCUGAAGGUUUAAAUAUCUAUGCCACAACAGCAUCAAAUGCUGAAGAGAGUAGCUGGGGAACCUAUUGUCCUGGAGAGUAUCCCAGUCCUCCUAUUGAAUAUGAGACUUGCCUGGGUGACUUGUACAGUAUUUCCUGGAUGGAGGACAGUGAAUUACACAACCUGCGGACUGAAAGUCUGAAGCAGCAGUAUCACCUGGUCAAAGAGAGAACUGCUACUGGGAAUCCUGUUUAUGGUUCACAUGUCAUGCAAUAUGGUGAUCUACAUCUCAGCAAGGAUGCUCUAUACUUAUAUAUGGGUACAAAUCCUGCUAAUGAUAAUUAUACUUUUAUGGAUGACAAUUCCUUGCGAGUAUCAAAGGCCGUUAACCAGCGUGAUGCAGAUCUUCUGCAUUUUUGGUACAAGUUCCGCAAGGCUCCUGAGGGCUCUGUGAGGAAAAUUGAGGCUCAGAAACAGUUAAAUGAAGCAAUAUCACAUAGAGUGCACUUGGACAACAGCAUAGCCCUUGUCGGUAAACUUCUAUUUGGAAUUAAAAAAGGUCCAGAGGUGCUAAGUAGUGUCCGCCCUGCUGGUCAGCCUCUUGUUGAUGACUGGGACUGCCUUAAAUCCUUUGUAAGAACAUUUGAGACACAUUGUGGAUCGUUAUCCCAGUAUGGAAUGAAACAUAUGCGCUCCAUUGCUAACAUAUGCAACGUUGGAAUUAAGAUGGCGCAGAUGGUGGAGGCAUCAGCACAAGCUUGUCCCAGCUUUGCAUCCAAUACUUGGAGUUCCCUCCAGAGGGGUUUUAGUGCAUGAUUGGCAUCUAAUGCUCAAAUAUGUCGUGAUUAUCAGUAUGAAGAUUGAUAUAGUGAUUGUAAGAUGGUUCUUUAGCAUAAUUGCUUCCUUGUAAAUACAGGUUAGAAGCGCAUCAUUAUUGAGUUGAAAUGUACUAGAAGCAGAUAUCUUAUUGUAACUAUUGUUAUAGUUCGUCAUCAUUGUAUAUAACUCUUACUAUGCAAAAGCUCUGCCUGAACAAACUAUGUUUGGAAGAGAAUGUAAGCUUGACUUUCCUUUGAAUUAAAAAAAAGGUCGUUUCAUGACA